UCUCUCUCUCUCUCUCUCUCUCUCUCUAACACACACACACAUACACCUGUGCGUAGACAUACAGCGAUGCCACUCCUCCGUCACCGGACCGGAAUAUACUCAGAUGUUGAAUUUGUAUCCAUAACAACCGCUCGCGCGAGUAAAACCUAAACGCUUUAACACGACCCGUCUUGUGUUUGUCCUGCAGGCUGAGGAUGUUUGUAUACUCAUUCGGUUCAGUUUAAAGGAAGUCAAACGGAUUGAGUAACAGGAGAGGAGCUGAACGGAACGGACUGGAACCUGUACGGUGUUUUGUUUAUUUUUUUUCACCCUAACUGCGACCAUUUACGCAUCUCAGCUGAGAACUCCAGUGCUGAACGUCCGCAGGAAUUAUCCUUCUCUCUCUCUCUCUCUCUCUCUCUCUCUCUCUCUCUCUCGCUCGCUCGCUCACACACACACGCACACACACAAGCGCGCGCGCGCUGCCUCCUCAACCGAAGUGGCUCUGCUGCGGAACCCCUAAAUCUUCACUGAUCUUAUGAUUUUGAAUGUAUUUCCGUCCCGGGAGAUCUGAUCAGCCCUGAGCGUCUUCAAGACUGCAAUGCCCGGCCAGUGAGCAGUUUGCGCGUCGGCUCUUCUUCGUGCGCGGUGCAGCAUGGCUCCGUGCCGCAGGGGCCGCGGCGGGCGGGAGAUUUCGGUUUUUCUGUCCGGAUGUCUGCUCCUAUCCGCCGCCGCUGCGAAGGUGUGCAACGACUACACGCGGCACAGUGCGGACACCGCCUGGUCCUCCAAGGACGUGCCGAUCAUGGUGCUGAUGCCGAUGAACGAGUCGGCGCUGAUGAGCAGCAUCAGCCAAGGCAUCGAGCCCGCCGUGCAGCUCGCCAUCCGGCACAUCCGCGAGUCACAGCAGUACUCCUUUUCACUCAUCACGAAAAUCUACGACACCGAGUGUGACAAUGCAAAGGGAUUAAGGGCCUUCUUCGACGCAAUCUGCUAUGGUCCCAAACAUUUAAUGAUCUUUGGAGGAGUGUGUCCAUCAGUGACGUCUAUUAUUGCUGAAUCGUUAGAGGGAUGGAACCUGGUGCAGCUUUCUUUUGCCGCAACGACGCCAGUCCUGGCAGAUAAGAAGAAGUACCCUAACUUUUUCAGGACUGUUCCUUCAGACAACGCGGUCAAUCCAGCUGUUGUGAAAUUCCUCAACUACUACAACUGGAGCAGAGUGGGCACCUUGACUCAGGAUGUCCAGAGGUUCUCAGAGGUGCGCAACGAUUUGACCAACGAGCUUGAGAAGGCAGAUAUCCAGAUAGCAGACACUGAGAGCUUUUCUAACGACCCCUGUGUUAAUGUGAAUAAACUGAAGGACAAUGAUGUGAGGAUCAUCAUUGGCCAGUUUGAUGAGAACCUGGCCUCUAAAGUCUUCUGUUGUGCCUAUAACCUGAACAUGUAUGGCAGUAAGUAUCAGUGGAUCAUUCCAGGAUGGUACCAAGGCAAUUGGUGGGAGCAGGCAAACUCUACCAACUGCACCACCAAGAAACUGCUUACUGCUAUGGAGGGCUACAUAAGUGUGGACUUUGAGCCUCUCAGUGCCAAACGGAUUAAAGGAAUCUCUGGAAGGACACCCCAAGAAUAUGAGCGGGAGUACAACAGAGAGCGAGAGCAAAAAGGAGUUGAGGCCAGCAAAUUUCACGGUUUUGCCUAUGAUGGCAUCUGGGUGAUUGCGAAGACACUAAGCCGUGUAAUGGAGCUUCUCCCUCAGAAGAGGCAUGACAUUUACCAUAACAAGACCAUGGAUGACCGGGAGGUGGGAAAGUUAGUGCUGGAUGUGAUGAACGAAACCAACUUCUUCGGAGUGACGGGUCAGGUGAUGUUCAGGAAUGGAGAGCGCAUGGGAACUAUCAAAUUCACACAGUUUCAAGAGGGCCAGGAAGUAAAGGUUGGAGAGUACAAUGCCAUCGCCGACAUCCUGGAUCUUAUCAACAACACCAUCAGGUUUCAAGGUGUGGAGCCUCCCAAAGACCGGACAUUUGUACGUCUGGAGCGACGCCAUAUCAACGUACCACUUUACAGCAUCCUAUCCACCAUCACUAUCCUUGGCAUGCUCAUGGCAGGCGCCUUCCUCUUCUUCAACAUCAAAAACCGAAACCACAGACUCAUCAAAAUGUCCAGUCCUUACAUGAACAACCUGAUCAUCCUGGGAGGCAUGCUGUCCUACGCUUCCAUCUUCCUCUUUGGCCUGGACGGCUCUUUUGUCUCAGACCAAGCGUUCGAGACCUUGUGCACAGUUCGCACAUGGAUUCUCAUCGUGGGUUACACGACAGCGUUUGGAGCCAUGUUUGCGAAGACCUGGAGAGUACAUGCCAUUUUCAAGAAUGUAAAAAUGAAGAAGAAGAUUAUCAAGGACCAGAAGCUGCUGAUCAUUGUAGGAGGAAUGCUGCUAAUUGAUCUGUGCAUCCUCAUAUGCUGGCAAAUUGUGGAUCCCCUGAAGAGGACAGUGGAAAUGUACAGCUUGGAGGCGGACCCUCAGGGGCGAGACAUGGCUAUCCGGCCCUUCCUGGAGCACUGUGAGAACACACAUAUGACCAUUUGGCUUGGGAUCGUCUAUGCCUACAAAGGCCUCCUUAUGUUGUUUGGUUGUUUCCUGGCCUGGGAGACGAGGAACGUCAGCAUCCCUGCUCUGAAUGACAGCAAGUACAUCGGGAUGAGUGUGUACAAUGUGGGAAUCAUGUGCAUCAUCGGUGCAGCUGUAUCCUUCCUGACGCGGGAUCAGCCCAAUGUGCAGUUCUGCAUCGUAGCACUGGUCAUUAUUUUCUGCAGCACAAUCACACUCUGUUUGGUGUUUGUGCCAAAGCUUAUCACGAUGAGGACAAAUCCAGAUGCAGCCACCCAGAACCGGCGACUGAAGUUCACCCAGAACCAGAAAAAGGAAGACUCAAAGACAUCCACAUCAGUGACCAGCGUUAACCAGACCAACACAUCUCGCCUGGACGGCCUGCAAGCGGACAACCAUCGCCUCAGGAUGAGGAUCACAGAGUUGGAUAAGGAGUUAGAGGAGGUGACCAUGCAGCUUCAGGACACGCCAGAGAAAACCCCGUAUAUCAAACAGAACCACUAUCAGGACGUCAACAACAUCCUGAGCAUUCGCAAUUUCACAGACGGCAAAGAUGGUGAGAAAACCGUUUUGAAAAAUCAUCUGGAGCAGAAACCACAAGCACUGAGGGGAUCCAUGGAUCCUUCUAGAAUAAGCAGAGGCCCGCUAGAGGACAUAAACUCGCCAGAACACAUACAACGCAGGCUGUCGUUGCAGCUGCCCAUCCUGCACCACGCUUACUUACCCUCCAUAGGAGGGGUGGACGCCAGCUGCAGUCCCAACAGCAGCCCGGCCUCAAGUCCCCGCCACAGACACAUGCCCCCUUCCUACAGGGUCAUGGUCUCUGGCCUGUGAGUCCUACCACAGCUUUUGCGCUCUGAGGAACAGAUCUCCGUUUGAAAUCCAACAGACUGAGCCACAUCAGCAAUGAACGGAAGUGUGUGAGUGACCUGGGGGGGUCCUCCUCGUACAUACAUCCACGACCCUCCUCCCAUCUACGUCUACGUCAGAACAAAACUGAUUCUUCAGGCUGUGAGGGGGAUUUGGGGGGAGGGUUGGUUUGGGGCGGGGGAGGCAUCAAGUCAUCCGGUCAUCCUCACACAUCCACGGUGCCCACCAAGAUCUGCAUUUCACCUCCUACUCUUUCCCUCUAACCGGUCUCCCAGUCCCAGACAACUAUAGAUGCAACAGGGGAUGCCAGCUGAGCUAGCCUUAUCAACUUCCAUGGGUGUUUUCACAAUUCUCCCUGUUCUUGGACCCUUUGUCAACUCAUUAGUCUUCAGUAGCUCACAACACUGACCAUCCAGAAGCAUCCUGUUCAGCACUCUAACAAACACCACAGUACACAUGAGAGCAAGCUGUCAUCAUGCCGGGAAAACAACGAUUUGGGGUAGGAUUCGGGUAAGACUGGGCACUCCUGAAAAUGGCCUCUGAAGAUCUUUGAAAGACUGUCGACCAAACAGAAAACGUUUGGUGCAGCUUUCCUGGCACUGAUUAGGUGUUCACACGGCGUGGAAAAGUGUUAGCUUGUUGCUUGUACAACUGCCUCACAGGGAAAGCGAGCCAGUUGUAGUUUCUGUUAACCUUAACAAGCAAACGUCACAGCACACCAGUGGCCAGGGCUUUUGCCAUAAAAAGGUCCUCUGUUCACUGAUCACGAUAGUAGAUUUGGAGCAAAUAUCUAAAAUAACAACCAAACUAAACUGGCUAUCUGGUCAGUAAACUGGCCACUAAGAGCGGGUAAAAGCAGGGACACUGUGUAGUCAAGCAAAUGAGGCCUCAUGAUAUCCUUAGACAAGACAAAUAGCUCUCUGGAAAACCCUGUAUGAGUGUUAACACUCAUAUGGAAGUGCAGGAGUGCAGUAAGAGCCUGAGGUCCAGUCUUCCAUUUUAUCAAAGUGUAUGGGCCGAUAGUCAAAAAACACAGCUGAAAGAUCAUUCCUCUGUGUGUACGGACUUUGGCACACAAAUAGUCAUCUCUCAAUGUGAUCCAUUAAUGGCUCUAAACAGAAGUGACAUCGGAGAUGUAGAUAGCAUUGGGUGAAAAAUGCGUCUUUAUGGAAUGCUCAUUAGUCAACGCAAAGUGAUGACACGUCCUCAUGGAGAAAUAAAGCAGUUCGAUUUGCUGCACAAUAAUGGCUGGAUCCAAUAAGUGAAAUGGUCCCAAUGGUGUAACCUCAUUGCAGAGUUUUUUUUCUCCUGAUCACAGCAAGUGAAACAUCUUUACAAAAAUUGUUGUAGCUUGAGCCAAAACAGGGCCUGGAUGGAGAGCCUGCUGUCUGUUGCACAUCAUUCACACACAUCGAGGACUCGAUCACAAGCCUCUGAGGUGCAGGAGGAAAUUCUGCUGCCGUCCCCAUGUGGCACUGGGACAUACAUUACCUGGCACUUAGCAACAGAGAACAUACCUCAUAGUUGCUAUAGAAAUGUAACUGUGUGCUGUGAACUUUGCACAAAUGUCUCACAGAUAUAGAGCGUCUAGCUGUUGUCAUAUUUUUUUGUAAACCUAUAUCAAGACAACAAAAGAAUUGUAUUCGAAAUGCAAAAUAUUGGAAUAAGCUAAGUAUCACCAUUCUCAAGAACAAUUUCCUUUCUGCAGAUAUUUCACCGUCGGUGUCUUGGAUUUUGUUUAUGUUUUUUUUUUUGUUGCGUUUGUCGAAUGCCGUGCCUGUGAUCUUGUACAUGGAGCCAGAUGGACACUAUAGUGCUGAUUGGUCAGAUUAAUAUAAGUAACUAUUUGAUAAAGUAACACAUCCUGAGUGUCUUUGAUAGGUUUGGUUUAUUGGUGUGCUAGAGACAAAACAAAACUGUUAGGGUUUUUUUUUUUUCUGAAUUUAUUUUUCAGUGUACAUUAACAUCUAAGAGGACCACAUGCUAACCGCCGAGGCUGUUAGUGAGCUCGAAUCAUAGUGAGACAGACCUUUAAACAUAAAGCAAAAACUUCAUAAUGCCACGGCGCCUCUGCCUCUGACACUCUCUCCAGGAUGCUCUCCUGUCCUUGGGUUUCAUUUUUAAGCAUAUUUGUGAAAGUACAGCACUGUUUAGAUUCGUUUCUGAACGUUCUUUUCCAAGGAGGUAAGAAAUGAGUUCCAAAUCAUCAUUACAUACAGCACUUGAAUCACUAAGUUUGUCACUCUGCUGUAUUGUAAUAGAUUCGUCAUGGAUAUGAAUUAUUUUGAAGUCACAUGACUCUAAGCCAUUGCACACACUGUUUGGUUUGGUGGAAUUUACUCAGUUUCUCCCAGCAGUUGUUCUAUGAAACACGAUUAACACAGAAUUGAGAUAAAUGUCUAAAAAAAAAAAAAAAAGGGCAGUUUCUCUCCAACCACGAAGCCUGUUUGACAAUUUGUGGAUACUUCUUGGAUUUUUGUAAAUCCAUAUGAUGUGUUGUCAUUCUUCUUUCCCUUCUCUAGUGCAGUGAAAGUGGUUGUAAAAGGGCUCCCUAACGUUCACCUACUCAUUCUUAGGGGAUUUAAUUUUAUUUUUUUCUUUAAGGUGAAACUCUGGAGCUCAGGAGUAUUGAUGAUAAACCCCAAUUCCUCUAAACGAUCCCCUACUUCUGUUCUCCAGUGUUUAGCUUUUUCUUUGUAACAGAAUAUUAGUGAAAAAUAUAUUUAAGUAUAAAGUAACCCAUAUCAUUUUGGCUUAUUAUUAAUUGAGUCAAAUCAAAUACGCUCAUUUACUUACACUGAACAACCGAACCCAAUUACUUUGCUUAUUAAUACUCUGUUACAACAUUUCUGUUUAUUCUAUGAAAACAUUUCCUUUAUUUAUCAAUCCGGAAGGAAUACUCAUAAUAUUUGCAUCUGUGACAGAAAAAAACAAAACAAUAAAAAGGUGGUAAAUUUACAUACAUUACCCAAAGGUGUGAUUAUAUUCUAAUAAAUGUUUAGAACUGAUUUUCUAAUUUGCAUUUUUUUGUCAGCUCCACGCAUGGUAUCCUAUGCAUAUAUUGUAGAAUUUAUUUUCCAAAUUCUAACAAAUGCACAUUUCUGAAAGUGGCAAUAAUUAGCUCCAGGCUGUUCAGACAGAUCUACCGAAGUCAUAUCACCCUCAAAAAAGUGUGCGUGAAAAGCCAGGUGGAAAUCAUAAGAAAUAAAACCUCUGCACAGGAAUAUAGACAGUUUCUCUGAAACUAAUAUAUGGGGGAUAAAAAAAAAAAAAAAAAAAAAAAAGCUCUGUGCUGACCACAAAUUAUUUAUAUGGCAACCGCAAACUUUGAUUUGUCUGUCAGUGUCCUUCAUGGUAAUGAUGAGUACUGUGAAUUUUAAAAACAUACUCUUGUUGAUUCUCUGGGGAAAUCAGUACGAGACCAAACCACCGGGUUAUUUUUCUUUGGGAAUUUUCUUUUGAAGUGUUAUGUAAUAUUAAUGGAAAUCAUCGAGCGUGUCUGUGUGUGCAUGUGUAUGUGUGUGUAUUGAUCAAACACACAGUUUACGCGAUACAGAGGUACAAAAAAAAGAAAAAGAAAAAAAAAGAAAGAAGCAGCACUGAAAUCUGAUUUACGGAGUGUCUUCUUGUUACAGGCAAUAAACUCGGGAACCAAGUCGGUCUUGGUUGGAACUCUUGGUCACGUUGUCAUGUUACUCACAAAUCGUUUAACACUGGACGACAGUUACUGGGGCAAAAAAGAUGGUAAGCCUGGACUACUGAAGGCUUUCAGGGAGGUAAAUAGUGUGUGUGUAUUGACCGUGACAAUGUGUAACAAUAAGAGCGCCUCCUCAAUACCCCCCAAAAAGCACGAAGGACUAUUUCUGAUGUAUAUAAUGUAUACAACACAUUUUUUUUCUGUAGAGGUAUUAAUCUAUGAUAGUGAGGGGACAUUACAAAUGACUAAAAAAAAAAUUUACAGAAUGUCAACGGUGAGUGUGUAUGUCUGUUUGCCACUCUGUGAAAAUGUGCCGUCUCCAAGUUUACAUAUCGCUAUAAGAAACUAUUUAUUCUGUGCUGAAAGACUUUUCUUUUGGGUUUUUUUUUUUUUUGGUUUUGUUUUUAGUUCACAGAACAUCGGUGCCCAUCACGAUCAAAAUGAUUCACUACUGACCUUUUUGUUUUUUUGUUUUUUGUUUUUAUAUCCAGUAAAUUUUUGCCAGUGUACACUUCUGUGCUCCACAACUGUCCUGAGCAGUGUGUUUGUACUAGCACAAAACACACACCGGAGCUCUUGAAGAAUCAACGUGGAUGUGCUCAUUUCAUAUUCUUGUACCCUUAAACUGCAUGGAAAUCAUAACAUUUUUAAUAAAUUAUUG